AUGAGCAGCACGACGAGCAGCGCCAACGACGGCAGCCUGACGGUGGCCGCCCUCCUGAACCAGAUCAGCGAGGUGCAGAAGCUCCUCGCAGAGGGGCGAUCGGUCGAUGAGACCGAUGACUGGGGUGAUUCGGCCCUCCAUGCGGCCGCCCUCAAGGGCCGCCUCACCGUGGCCAAGCUCCUCAUCGACAAGGGCGCCGACGUCAACAAGACCAACAACGCUGGCUCUACGCCCCUCCACAAGGCCGUUGUGAGCGGCAAUGCGCACCUCAUCGAGCUCCUCAUGCAGCACGGCGCUGACGGAGAUCUGCGCAACCACGCGGGCCUCCUGCCCGAGGACUACACCAAGAAGAAGAGCCUUAAGCUCAUGGUCCUCGGCAAGUCCGCCGUCGAGAUCAAGGUGCCCGUCCCGCGCGCCAUGCGUGGCCUCGUCAUCGGCCAGGGCGGCAAGACCCUCAAGCGCAUCCGCACCGCCAGCGGCGCCGACGUCGCCUUCCCGCUCGACGAGGAGGUGGAGGAGGUCGUCAUCCGCGGCCGCGCCGAGGCCACGGAGAAGGCCCGCGAGCUCGUCGAGGAGAUCGUCAACAAGCGCAAGGAAGUCGAAGCCGUCAGGGAGGCGAAGGAGAAGGAGUUCUACAGCGGCGACUACACUCGCAUCACGGUGAGGGUCCCCAAGCACCAGCACAAGCUGAUCAUCGGCGCGGGCGGUAAGACCAUUCGCGAGAUCAUCAAGGAGACCGGCGCUAAGAUCAAGAUCCCCCCCGGCGACGACGACGAUGAGGAGGUCGUCAUCGAGGGCUCGCCCGAGGCCGUCGACCAGGCCGCCGAGAGGGUGACCAAGGCCACCAUGUUCCAGGAGCGCGACAACGCUGGCGGUGGUGGCGGAAGAGGCCGCGGCCGUCCGAGACGUGAGGAGGGCGAGGAGUCCGGCGGUUACGGUGGUGGUGACCGUGAGGAGAGGAGGUUCGGCGAGGGCGGUGGCGGUAGGGGCCGUGGCGGCGGUGGACGCGGUCGUGACCGCGAGGGCGGCGAGAGGCAGGGGUCCAACAUCACGCUGGCCUCCUUCCUCGUGCCCUCCCGCAGCGCCGGCCGCAGGCGUGGCGACAACUGA